AUGAGAGGCCAGAGCUUCAGCGUGAGCAGCGAGAGUAGAAGCAGCGGCGAGGAGAUUUUAUCCGGUGCAGCGGCAGCAGCAGCAGCAGUAGCAGCAGUAGCAGCAGUAGCACGAGAUCAGCAACAACAACAGGCAGCAGCGGCGGCAGUGGCAGGUGCAGGUGUAUGGGGAGGGGUGGGAGGGGGAGGAGCAGCGGCAGGGGGAGGGGGAGAAUCAGCAGCAGCGGCGGCGGUGGCGGUAUCCCGCGGGGGGCGGCACACGCGGAGCGCGUCAGCCGUGGUGCAGAGCCCCACGCACCCGCUCCUGCCGCUCCCCCAAUCAGCUGCUGCCACGUGGCGCAGCUGGGGCCGCGCGAGCAUGUCGUGGGUGGGCAGGCGCAGCGCGCGGGAAGGGCAGGGGCAGCCCCGGAGGGAGGGCGAACGGGGGGAGGCUGAUCUGGGGAAGGUAGAACUGGGGAAGGUAGAACUGAGGGUGGCGGAAGCGGGGCAGAGGGAUGAACUUGGGGAGGUAGAACCGGGCAAGGUAUGGCCGUGCAGAGAAGCUGACGAGUGCCAGGCGGCGUUGACUUGCGUUGACUCACCAGAAAGCCGGACUCAGUUGUCACCGACCCUUGGGAAUACCGCCGCUACAGCUGGGGAGGCUUUUGAGGCGCCUCCAAGAUCCCCUGGGAAUGCCGCUGCUACAGCCGGAAUGCUGAGAUUGGGAGGAACUGGGGAAGUAACAAUGGGGGAAGACGGGGAGAUGAGAACGGGGGGAGCUAGUGACCUGAGAACGGAAGGAAGAGGCUGCCUCGAUAACUCGUUUAAAGACGCGCCGGACGAUUAUGUAGACGAGUAUUUGGAGGACCAGGAGGAUGGGCCUAGGUCGGGCGAGGAGGAGAAAGCGAAAGGCGGUGAUAAACAAGAGGAGCUGGGAGGUGGUUUAGAGGGGGUUAAGAGGUGUGGGAAGGAUGGUGAGACGGUUCGGAAUGGGGAUUUGAGUUUUGAGGUGCCUCAAAAGUCGAGGCAUGGCAAGGCUGCUGCUGAAGAGGUUCAGCAUGGGGGUGACUUGUAUGGUGAAACGCCAAGAGGAGCAGCGGCGGCUACAGCGCGUCGCAAGUCUGGUGGGGUGGUUGGGCAAGGGGAGUUGAGCUUUGAGGGAAUGCCCAUGCCCAUGCCUCAAAAGCAGACGGUUGUGCAUGGGGGGGACUUGUAUGGGGAGAUGCCAGUGCCAAGAGGUGAGGGUAAGAGGGAUGGGAAGGCUGGUAAGGCGGCUGGGCACAGGGAUUUGUAUUGCCACGGAGAUCUGUAUGGGGAACCGUCGAUAUCACAACUAUCAUCCCCAUCCUCCUCGUCCUCCUCCUCAGUAUCAGAGGGAGCAGCAGUGAGAACAGAAGGGGAGGCAGCAGGGAAGAAUGAGUCGGGUGCGGACAGCCCCAGUAGCAGGAGACGUGGGGGCGCGGUGGGCAGUGGCAGACAGUUGGGGUACGGCGGGGCUGUGGGGUCCUUCAGAGAUGUUGCCGUGCCUUCAGGCGAUAUGUGGGACGCUGUGCCGCCACACAUGCCAUUUGAGGCGAUUGAUUCGGUUCCAAGUGAUUCGGGGUACAGUCGCCGCCGCCGUGCGUCGGGCCAGUUUGACCCCUCGUCUGCAGGCGAUGCCGGUGGUGGCUCAGGUCGCUGGAACGGUUCAGAACGGUUCAGUGGGCGUGGGGAGGAGCGUGGUGAGCCUGAGGGGCGGCAGAUGAGGCAGCAGCAGCAAAAACAGCAGCCGCAGCAGCAGCAGCAGCAGAAGCAGCAGCAAAAGCAGCAAGAGGAUAAUGAGCAGCAGAAGCAGAAGAAGCAGCAACAGCAACACGAGCAGCAGAAGAGGCAGGUAGCUAGCCCCCCGCCACUGAAACUAGCAGAGGGGGGAGGUGUGCAGGGGAGCGUGUUGGGGCGUCCGUACGUCUCUCUUCAGAGUCGCUUCGUGGUGGGCAGGCGGGAGAUAGGGCGAGGGCAGUUCGGGGUGAUCUACAAGUGUGUGCCGCGCGGUGCGCUUGGCGGGGCGGCGUUCGCGUGCAAGACCAUCAAGAAGAGGAACAUUGAGGUGGGUGGAGGGCGCACGUGCAUUCAGACCCUCCCAGCAGCAGAGGACAUUCGGCGGGAAGUAGAAGCACUGGAGAAAACCCUGCCCGCAGCAGAGGACAUUCGGCGAGAAGUAGAAGCACUGGAGAAAGUAAAAGGGCAUCCGGGCAUUGUAGAGCUGCACUCUGUCUUUGAGGACCCCCAAGCAGUGCACCUGGUGAUGCAGCUGUGCCACCACGGAGACCUCUUCGACCAUGUCAAGACGCGCACGCGCCUUCCAGAGCCCACUGCUGCUACUACCCUGCCCGCAGCAGAGGACAUUCGGCGAGAAGUAGAAGCACUGGAGAAAGUAAAAGGGCAUCCGGGCAUUGUAGAGCUGCACUCUGUCUUUGAGGACCCCCAAGCAGUGCACCUGGUGAUGCAGCUGUGCCGACAUGGGGACCUCUUCGACCAUGUCAAGAUGCGCACACGCCUCCCCGAACCCACCGCUGCGUGCAUCCUGUCGCAGCUGCUGCACGCGCUGCAGCACUGCCAUGACUUGGGCGUGAUUCACCGCGAUGUGAAGCCGGAGAAUGUGCUUAUAUAUGCACGGGGAGGUGGCGGCGGGGACGGGGAGAAGGUUCUUGUGAAGCUGGGGGACUUUGGAGUUGCAACCCGAUUUUCCCCGGGCAUGCCCUGCAUGGACCCAGUGGGAACGGCCAUGUACAUGGCGCCGGAGCUGCUGCAAGGCAGGUACGGGCCGGCAGCAGACGUGUGGAGCGCCGGCAUCGUGCUCUAUGUCAUGCUCUCCGGGGCUCUUCCUUUCUUUGCCACCAAGAACCGCACGCUGGUUGAGGCGAUAAUGCACGGGCCGGCUCGCAUGGAGGGGCCGCGGUGGGAAGGAGUGUCGGAGGGAGCGAAAGCGGUGGUGCGGAGGAUGCUUGAGAAAGAUCCAGAGGAGAGGGCGACGAUACAACAGAUUCAUGGCCCAGCGGCGCGGGAUGCGGCGCAGGAUGAGUACGCCCUGGCGGACGAUCAUCGGUCGCAGGGCGACGUCGCAGAGUGGCCGUCGGCUCUCGACCAGCUGUCGCAGCCGAACUCGUUUCGCGCGGACGACUGGGACCUGGAGCAAGGCGACAGCCGAGAUCCCGACGGCGAAAUCGGCGAGGAAGCCGGUAUUUGCGACAGCCGAAUCGGCCGCGGCGCCAGCGGGAGAAUGGGGCAGUCCGCCGGCGCGAGCAGGAGGGGGGAAGGCGGGGAUAGCAUGAUACGCGGAGAGAGAGGCGGAGAGAGGGACGAUGGGGGAUAUAGAGGCAGUGCUAGAAGCGGAAGGAGCGAGGGGGGGGCUUACGUAGUCGAGAUGGACAUGGGUAGGCAGGAGACUCUUUCGCAUGGCCUCGCGGACAUGCCGGAUGGUAACCCGGUAACCAUAGCGACUGCCAGAGGCUUGGCCGAUGGCGAUGCCGCCGCGAGAGGCGGUGAGAGUGAGAGCAGCGGCGACUCGUACCGUGACGCGGAGAGCUUCUCGUCUUCUGGCGAGUCUAGUCUUAACGAGUACGGGCAGGAGGGCGACGAAGACGAGAGUCUCAGCAGCCACGCAGGGGACGAGGAGGACGAAAUCGGGGAAGCCUAUAACGGGGCGAAGAGGAGCACGUGGCCGUUGGUGAUUAGCAUGCGGGAGUUGGGGUGGUGGCAGCAGGCCGUGCUGGUGCUGCUGGUGGCGGUGGGACUGACGGGAGUGUCAGCUGCCAUGCUUUUCGCGGCCAAAGUGGGCGACCUGCUCUUUCUGCCGGCGCCUGUCUGGCCCCCUACGGGCCUCGCGCUCUUCGCUGUCCUCGUGAGCUCUCUCUCCCACUCCUUGGUACCACAGGGCACUGGGUUACCGCAUGCCGCGCCUUUGAGGCGCCUCAAAAGUUUCCUCAUUCCCGCCCCACCCUUCAUCCCCCCAACAGGCACUGGGCUAUCGCAUCUGGCCGGCGCUUUUCCUCUCAGGCACGGCCCUCUCCCUCACCUACGGCGCUCUGCACGUGACCCUGCCGCGCCUGCACCUCAUCCUCUACUCCCUCGUGAUCGCCACCGACCGCACACUCUUUGUGCUCCUCCUCGCCUUCUUCCCCUGCUACCGCUCUGGGACGUUUUAGCCAAUCCUGCUCUCUGUUGGCCCGUCCACCCCUCGCCUCAUCCUCAACCCCAUCCCUCCCCCCAACAGGCUCUAGGUUAUCGCAUCUGGCCUGCACUUUUCCUAUCAGGGACCGCGCUCUCCCUCACCUACGGCGCUCUGCACGUGACCCUGCCGCGCCUGCACCUCAUCCUCUACUCCCUCGUGAUCGCCACCGACCGCACGCUCUUUGUGCUCCUCCUCGCCUUCUUCCUCAUGCGCUUCCUCCGCCGCCAACCCACCGACCUCACCCCGCUCGACCGCGUGUCCAACACCUUCCGCCUCUUCUUCUUCUCCUUCCUCAUCUCUUUUAUAUUCGAGGGGAUCGUGUCGAUUGUUCUGAGUCUUAUCGGGGCAGAGACGCCUGAAACCGCGGCCAUUACUGGGUGCUUUCGAACGCUGGCGAGCUUUUCGGGGAUUAUUCUCACGCUGCCGUUACUUAUGCAAGUGUCGGUGUGGAAACCUUUUCCAGCAGCAUCAGCAUCUGCAUCAGUAUCAACAUCAGCAGCACAAGUCCAGCCCAAUUCUCCUUCUCCACAUUCCCCAUCCCAUCCGCCCUCCCUCUCCUUCCCUUCCACACAAACCUGGUCACGCUUCCUCUGCCAUCUCCUCUCCACCCCCAAGAGCUGGGAAUUCCUUGCUCUAUUCCUCCUCAACACAGGCAUCUCGCUCCUCAUUUUCGCCCCAGGAGCCAGCCCGCUCAUCGUCUCCCUCCCCUACAUGCUCUUCCCGGGGGUCCUCUGGGCAGCGGUUAGGUUUAACCGCCACGGGUCGGGCCUCAUGCUGCUGCUGGUGGUGCUGAUCGCGUGCUGCUGCACGGCGAGAGGGUGGGGCCCGCUGGUGAGGGAGAAGGCGAAUGAGACGAUUCUGCAGCUGCAGGUGUUUGUGGUGACGGUUGGAGUGGUGGGGGUGGUGGUGGCGGCGGCUGUGAGGGACACGAAUCGGCUGAGGAAGGAGCUGCGGCGUCUGAAUGCACGGUUGGAGGGGGAGGUGCAGCGGCGGACAGAGCAGAUCAGGCAGUAUAACGAGGAUCUGAAGAAGUCAAAGGAGGAGUUGGAGGAGGCGGGGAGGGCCAAGACGGAGUUCCUGGCCAACAUGAGCCAUGAGAUCCGCACGCCCAUCCACGGCAUCAUCGGCAUGACAGCGCUCGCCAUGGACACCCUCGAGUCCCUCCGAGCCAUCCCACUGCCGCCCAUCCCUCAUCACUCCUCCUCCCACUCUGCCUCUGCCGCCGCCGCCGCUGCAGCAGCAGCGGCAUUAGCGGAGCGGAGCGAUCUAACGGUGGAGGUGCAUGAGCAUCUGACGGUGGUGGCUCAGUCGGCCGAUUGUCUGCUGAACAUCGCCAACACUGUGCUGGACCUUGCCAGGAUAGAGGCCGGACAGCUGGCGCUGGAUAAAGUGCCGUUCCGGCUGCGGGACGUGGUUGGUUCGACCAUGAGAAUGCUGCAGGUGAGUCCAUUGCUUGGUGGUUUCAGAGGUGCUGGUGGUGCUCUGUCUCUGGCUGGCAGUGCUGCUAGUUUGGGUGGAGCGGAGCGAUCUAACGGUGGAGGUACACGAGCAUCUGACGGUGGUGGCGCACUGGCGCUGGAUACAGUGCCGUUCAGAUUGAGGGAUGUGGUGGGUGGGGUCGAGUCGACCAUGCGCAUGCUGCAGGUGAGUGGCUUCACGGGGAUUCACAGGUGGUGGGUUCACAGGGAUCUGCUGCUGAGCAUCGCCAACACCUUGCUGGACCUUGCAAGAAUAGAGGCGGGGCAGGCAGCUGGCGCUGGAUACAGUGCCGUUCAGAUUGAGGGACGUGGGGGGUGGGGUCGACCAUGCGCAUGCUGCAGGUGCGUGGCUUCACGGGGAUUGCCUUGCCUGCUGAACAUCGCCAACACCGUGCUGGACCUUGUGAGGAUAGAGGCGGGGCAGCUGGCUCUGGAUAAAGUGCCUUUCCGGCUGCAGGAUGUGGGUGCGCGCAGAGCAGAAGCAACUAGCCUUCUCAUGGCACGUGGCGGAGAAGGUGCCUCUCAAGCUCAUGGGGGCAGAUGCUUGAUGGUGCGAGCAGAGCAGAAGCAGCUGGCGUUCUCAUGGCAUGUGGCGGAGAAGGUGCGCGCAGAGCAGAAGCAGCUGGGCUUUUCAUGGCACGUGGCGGAGAAGGUGCCUCUGGAGCUCAUGGGGGACCCAGGCCGGCUGCAGCAGUGCCUCAUCAACCUGGUGGGCAAUGCAAUCAAGUUCACAGAGACAGGUUGGGUGACCCUCGAGAUCUCCCUGCUCUUCCGCAGCAGCACCCUGGGCAAUGCGAUCAAGUUCACAGAGACAGGCACUCCCGCUGGUGCUGGUGGUGUGGGUUCUCUGGCUGCAGCUGCUGCAGCUGCUGCUGCUGCUGCUGCCGCCGCAGCAGAUGCGUCACGCCGGCCCCAGUCAAGGGAAGGCGUUCUUUUGUCUGCUUCUGAUAAGAUUCCUGGAAGUUUCCUCGCGUUUCUGGGGAGGUCCUUCACCAGGAGGAGAGGAGACGGCAGGAGGGAGGAGAGGGAAGGGGAGAGGGAGGAGGAGAAGAGAGGGUGGGAGGGAGGAGAAGAGAGAGUAAGACCAGCAUCGAGUGAUGCGUAUACUCGUCGUGGUGGAGGCGGUGCUGCUGCUGCUGCGCUAGGCGAUGGCUGUGGCGCAGCAGCAGCACAAUCAUCACAACUGUCACCAUCGGGAGGAGGAGCAGCAGAGGCAGCAGCAGCAGGAGUAGCAGAGGCAGAUGCUACCGCCCCCAGGCCCACCUGUCCAGACGCUAGCUCAGGCUGGCACUCCGACCCUCCCAGCCGCCCGACCUCCUCCCACCGGUCCACGCUCGGCAGGUCCGGUAGCCGCCGAGCCUCCCUCUUUGGUCCGGGUAAGAGAAGCCGACGUGGCAGCCAGGAGUUGGCUGAGCUGGGAGGUGGGGUAGGGGUAUACCAGUGUCUUGGUUACGAGGCUGGUGAUUGGUCAGAACCCUGGGCAGGGGGAGAGGGACGCACAGAUAGCGGGGAGGAAACAGGGGACUUGGGAGGGGUUUGGAGGAGUGGGAGGAGGCAGGAGAAGAGCUGGGGCCGGGGGUCGAGAAGAGGGGGAGAGGGAGGGGGGGUGUCGGCUAGAGGAAGAGGGAGUGAGGGAGUGGUGGAGUGUGGGAGUCUGUCAGAUGGGGAGUCGUUUCCUAGAGAGAGGGGUAGAGGUAGGAGUAUAGAGAGGGGUGUAGGGAGAGGUGGCGAUGUGGACAGAGACGAGGAGAGGGAUGAGGAGGACUUGCAGGUGCCUGUGUCUCGAACGCGCUCCAGUGAGACUCGCAGCAGGCGGGUUGACUUCUUAGAUGUUGGGCUGGCAGGCAGCGGGAGAAGCAGCGGCAAGUGGAGCGAAGGGGGACUGAGCAGCCGCAGGGGAGGAGCUGGGUCGCGGGCCGGCAGUGGGUUCUUCUCGCGGGCAAGAGAAGAAAGAGAGAGGGAGAGGGAUAGUGAUCACGAGUUAGGGUCGCCACACCCACAGAGAGUCCUGGAUUUUAGAGACCUAGGGGAGGCAGACGAAGCUCAUGGCAAGCCGUCCUUUCUGGGUGCCAUGCAAGCGUGCACACCCCCCAUGCUCUCCCCCAUGGCCCGCGCUCUCCCCCCACCGCAACCCACCCUCUCUCGCCAAUCCAUGCCGGCCCUCGCAUCCGCUUCCGCACCUGUUUCCGCGCCUGGCUCCGAGCCUCGCUCCGUGCCCGAGCAUGCGCUCGCCCCAGGCUCGGCUCCCGGACCUCUGGUGUCGCAACGGAGCAAUGUGUCCCAAGCGAGUGAUUAUUCCUCUGUAGUGGAGUUAAGCCGAAACAGCAGUGCACGGUCCCAUGCUAGAGGCCAGGGUUUCGGGUUUAGACCAUCUGAGGCAUCUCAAGCUCAGUCUUUGCUCUAUACCGGGUAUACUCCCCAAGGGAAGGCGUAUGCUGGGAAUUUUCCGGGUGUUCAGCCCUUGGUUUACGCACCUGAAGGGACAGUGUUGGACCGGACCGAGAGUGACAACCUGGCAAGGGUGGUGGGUGCAGAGCGGUUGGAAGGGUUUGGGAGGAGUAGGAGUGUGCGGGUGCAAGAGGGGCGGGGGCAGGGAGGAGUGAGGCCGAGAGGUGGGGGGAGGUAUUUUUACUCGCAGCAGCACCAGAGGCAGCCUAGGGAGGGCCGCGGGGGAGAAGGGGGAGGCGGGGGAGGGGUAGCAGGAGGGGGAGGAGCAGGAGGAACGGGGAGAGGGGAGGAGGGGGGGAGGGGGAAGCGUGGCGCCGGUAUGAGUGUGGGAAUGAGUAUAAAGAACAUGCUGUGGGGGCAGUCAUCUAAUGUGAGCACCCAGCGGCUUGAUACUAGUGACGAGGAGGAGGAGAGGGAAGGAGAAGGGAGGCGAGGAGGAGGAGGGAGGGAGAGGGAGGGAGAGGAGCAAGAUGAGGAGGAUGAGGAGGAGGAAGGGGAGGAGGGGAGUGAGGGAGGGGGGUCGGUGUGGCUGAUGGUAGCUGUGAAGGACACGGGGAUUGGGAUCAGCCGGGAGAAGCAGGGAGAGAUUUUCCACAACUUUGUGCAGGCAGACACGUCAAGCACGAGAGUGUAUGGCGGCAUCGGGCUUGGUCUCAGCAUCGUGCAGAGUCUGGUGCACAUGAUGGGGGGCGAGAUCUGGGUGGAGAGUGAACCCGGCCGUGGCUCCUCUUUCUUCUUCACGGCUCGCCUCAACCGCGCGCCCCCCGGCUCUGCACCCAUCUUCGGCAGCGGCCUCACCGCUUCUCUCCUCCCCGACCCUGCUCCAGCCACGGGGGCAGCGGCAGACGCCCCUCCUCCCGAGGCGGCCCUGGGGGAGGCUUAUCCAGGCCCUAUGGCAUACCCUGGUGGUCCUGGCACGCGCAGUGGGAGGUACUCUAACCUUGCUUCUCCUUCCCCCUCUGCCGCCCACAACGCCACUGCCGCACCGUUCAGCAUGAAAUAUGCACCGCUCUCCACCCCUUCCCCCCGCUCUGCGGGCAUCUGGAGGGAUCUAGAACCUUCCCCUCUGUGGUCCAGACCCGUGAGUAGGGAGGGGCGGGCUAGGGCAACACGAAUGGCGCCUGGAGGUUUUGGAGGGGGAGGAGGGCGAGGUAGCUGGCUGGGGCAGAGUGUGGGAGGGGAUUCGGGGUCAGGGGGAGGGGAUUCGGGGAGGGCGGGUUCAAGGGGAGGGGAUUCGGGUUUGAGAGGAGGAGAUUCAGGGAGUAGGGGGUCAAGAGGAGGGGACUCGGUGGCAGGGGAGGUGGUAGAGAUGCGCGCCAAUGCCGCCCUGCCCUCCCCCUCAGCCGCUGCUGCUGCUGCUGCUGGUGCUUCUGCUGGUGCUGGUGGUGCUGGUGGUGGUGCUGGUGGUGGUGCUGGUGGUGGUGCGGCAGGUGGGAUCAGCCUGCUGGAUGACUGGGGGUUCAUGGCCCCUCCGCCCGUUUCCCACAGCAUGCCCACCCUCUUCCCCCUGCCUGCCUCUGCCUCUGCCUCUGCCUCUGCCUCUGCUUCUGCCUCUGCUGCUGCUUCUGGUGCUGCCGUCCCAUCAACGUGGGUCCCCUUUGGUGCUGCUGGUAACUCGCAGCCGCACCUACUGCAGCAGCACUUGAUGCAGCCGCAGCAGCAGCAGGUGGGGGGGCAGCUGCGGCCAGUCACACCAGGCCACGUGGACCCCCCUCCCCCUCUCGUCGCCGGCCAAUCGCGGCUGCAUUCGUCAGUCACAGCCGGCCGGCUGCACAGCGCGCGAAGCGAGGAGCAAGGGAGGCUUGCGUUCGAGGCCUCCCAGGUUUGCGGCUUGAGGGGCGAGGGGCAAGGUCGCAGCAGUAUUGACGUUUCGGCAUGGCAAGUGGUGAAGAGCGAGGGAGGGCAGGUUGAACGAACGCUGGACCGCUUUCGGCACAGGCAGCAGCAGCAGCAGCAGUAUCAGCGCACUCCAAUCCUCUCUCUCUGCUGCCCUCUCAACCCGCCCCACAAGCGCCAACGCGCUCUCCUCACAGCCACCUCCUUGCUCCCUUUUGUCUUCUCCCCACCCCUCCUCCCUCUCUCUUCUCUCCCACCCUUUCCCCACACACAGGCACUCCAAUCCUCUGUCUCUGCUGCCCUCAACCCGCCCCACAAGCGUCAGCGCCCUCUCCUCACGGCCACCUCGCUACCCCACCCUGCCUCCCACACCUCUCGCUCCUUCACCUCUGCGGCUGCGGCUGCUGCAGCUGCAGCUGCUGCUGGCGGCGGUGCUGCUUCAGGUGGAUUCUCAGGUGCUGGUUCAGCUAGUGCCACAUCGGCCGUGGGGAGAGAUCCAGCUGCUGCAGUGCCCGGGGGAAAGAAGCAGCAUCUGCAGCAACAGCAGCCACAGUUUCACUUUCUCUCGUCCCACCCUCCCUCCUCCACCACCGUCCCCUCUGCUGCCUCCAACCCUCAUUUCUCCUUCAGCAGCAAGAGCCUACGCACCUCGCCCUCCCACUCCUACACCUCUGCUGCUGUUCCCAUUGCUGCUCCGACUGCCCUCUCCUCUGGCCUUCCCCCCCACCCGCACUUGGGCAGCAACAGGGGCAGCAGCAGGGACAGCAGCAGGGGCAGCAGCAACAGCAGGGGCAGCAGCAACAGCAGGCAGCAGCAGCAGCAGCAGCAGCAGCAGCAGCAGCAGCAGCAGCAGCAGCAGCAGCAGCAGCAGCAGCAGCAGCAGCAGCAGCAGCAGCAGCAGCAGCAGCAGCAGCAGCAGCAGCAGCAGCAGCAGCAGCAGCAGCAGCAGCAGCAGCAGCAGCAGCAGCAGCAGCAGCAGCAGCAGCAGGGGCAGCAGCAGCAGCAGCAGCAGGGGCAGCAGGGGCAGGAGAAGCAGCAAGAGGAGCAGCAGGCAUCAGAGGCAGAUUCCAGCUCUGACCCUUGGACCCCCACCACUGCCGAUGGCUCUACCUCUUUCUUUCACUCGUUUGCUACUUCCUCCACCUCCACCACUCCCACUGCGCUCACCCCUGCUGAUGGCACCACCCCCACCACCACCGCUGCCAACACUCCUGUUGAGGGGGUCACACCUACCACGCCUGCCAGCAGCACCGCUUUCAACCGCGCUCAAAAGUCCCCCACCACCCCGGCUGCGUCUGAGAAGGACUCCCCAGCUGCCGUUGCUAUGAGCAGGCCUAUCAGCAGGGGGGGUAAGAGUGGGCAAGGGAUCAGCAGCAGCGGCAGCUUCAGCAGCAGCAGAAGCAGCUUUGAGGCGCCUCAGAAAAGCUCUAUGAGCGCUGCCGCUGUGAGUGGAAAUCCUGGGGGCAGUAAGAGCAGCAGGAGCAGCCUUGACGAGCCUCGGACAGGCUCUGUGAGCGCUGCUGUGAGUGCGAAUGCGGGCGGCAGUAGGAGCAGCAGGAGCAGCCGCAGCAGCUCAAACCUGUCUCCGACUGGGCUUGGGCAGGGCAGUGGGGAUGGCAGUGCUGCUGCUGCUGGCUCUGGUGGCGAUGAUAGGCGCAGCUUAGAGCAGGAGGGAGGGGAGAGGCAGCACAAGAAGCAUCACCACCACCAUCGCCACCAUCACCAUCACCAUCACGAGGGACAGCAUGAGCAGCAGCAGCCGCAGCCGCCGCCGCCGCAGCAGGCAGUGAGCAGCACUGGAGCAGGAGCAGUGGCAGUGGGACCAGCAGGAGCAGCAGCAGCAGGAGCAGUAGCAGCGCGGAACAAGAGCGGGCCUCUAGUGGCCAUGCUGGCAGGGGUGCGCAUAUUGCUAGCAGAGGACAACCUGGUGAACCAGCGCGUGGCCACACACGCCCUCUCCAAGCAGGGCGCUCGCGUCGAGGUGGUGGGCAACGGGCAGCUCGCUCUCACUGCCAUGGAGGAGCGGGCGGCGUCGUUCGACCUCAUUCUCAUGGACAUUCAGAUGCCGGUGAUGGAUGGGCUGGAGGCCACUCGCCGCAUCCGCCAGCUGGAAGCUUCCAGGAGGCGACUCUCGGGCAGCAAAGCAGCACGGCAGCACCACAAGGGGCAGCAGCACGGGCAGAAGGACGGGAAAGAAGGGGGAGGGUCAGGGGGAGAGGGAGGGGGAGGGGCGGGAGGAGGGGGAGGGGGAGAGGGAAGAAGGAUAGGCAUAGUGGGGUUGACGGCACACGCAAUGGCUGGGUACAAGGAGCAGUGCUUUGAAGCGGGUAUGGAUGGGUAUGCUACUAAACCCUUCAAAAUCGAGAUGCUGGUGCGAGCGAUUAAAGCCGUGCUGGGAGGAGCGGUGAAUGUGGAUGGCACUAAAUAG